AUUACCCGGCAGCCACUUUCCCCGUGUAUUAAAGCAAGAUGGCAGCUGUUGUUGAGAAUGUUGUCAAACUGCUGGGAGAGCAGUACUACAGAGAUGCCAUGGAGCAGUGUCACAACUACAAUGCCAGGCUGUGCGCUGAGAGGAGCGUUCGAAUGCCGUUCCUCGACUCUCAGACCGGGGUGGCUCAGAGCAACUGCUAUAUUUGGAUGGAAAAGAGACACAGAGGACCAGGCAUGGCUCCAGGACAGCUGUACACUUACCCAUCCAGGAGGUGGAGGAAGAAGCGAAGGUCUCACCCUCCAGAGGACCCCAGGCUUAUCUUUCCUCCUGUCAAGUCAGAGAUAGAUUUAGGACUGAAGAAGGAUGCUCUGUUGUCAUCGGAUGGCAGCAGCCUGGAGGCCCUGCUGAAAGGGGACUCUCUGGACAAGCGGGCGGCCACAGAUCUCCGAGGGUCCGAGGAGGAUUCAAACAUGAGUGAUUACACCGGAAACCUGAACCCUGCAGCCCGGAUUAGAAAGAGAAUCCUCGAGCCAGAUGACUUCCUGGACGACCUUGACGAUGAAGACUAUGAGGAAGACACGCCUAAAAGAAGAGGCAAAGGGAAGGGGAAGGGCCGAGGAGUGGGCGGCAGCAGGAAGAAGCUGGACACAGCUGCACUGGAGGACAGAGACAAGCCGUACGCCUGUGAUAUCUGUGGGAAGCGCUACAAGAACCGUCCUGGCCUGAGCUACCACUACGCCCACUCCCACCUGGCUGAGGAGGAGGGUGACGAGAAGGAAGACAUGGAAAUCAACGAGCCUGCCCUGCCGCUGCCCGAGGAGCCGAAAACUCCCAAGAAAGGUCCAGAUGGUCUUGCGUUGCCUAAUAAUUACUGUGAUUUCUGCCUGGGAGACUCCAAAACUAAUCACAAGACUGGCCAGUCAGAAGAGCUGGUGUCCUGCUCCGACUGUGGACGCUCAGGCCACCCGUCCUGCCUGCAGUUCACUCCUGUGAUGAUGGCUGCUGUGAAGACGUACCGCUGGCAGUGCAUAGAGUGCAAGUGCUGCAACAUGUGCGGCACCUCAGAGAAUGACGAUCAGCUUCUGUUUUGUGAUGACUGCGAUAGAGGCUAUCACAUGUACUGUCUCAACCCCCCGAUGUCUGAACCUCCAGAGGGGAGCUGGAGCUGUCAUCUAUGUCUGGCCCUUUUGAAAGACAAGGCAUCCAUAUACCAGAACCAGAACGCCCCGCCGUCGUGAUGGCUGCUCUGCCCUGCACACACUCAUCGCCCAACCGUCCCGCAGCACUAUGGUUUACCCUUAAAGAUCGAUGUUAAGCUCCCCUGACAAGCUGACCUCGGAGGGAGUGUGUUCUGGACAGACUAAUUGUGAAAAGGGAAGUAUGCUCUACCGGACUGGCCUCAGUUAGCCUCCGAUAUGACUGUUACACAGUUCCAACCUCAGAUUCUGUCCCAUAGAUUUUUAUUUUCACUUCCUUGCCACAUAGCCAAUUUGAGCAGUACUAAUUUUAAACAACAUAGACCGCAGCCAAAACAUCACCUCCUGUUCAGCUUUUUUACACAUUCAAAGUUGCUAAAACCUCGUCU